GAGCGUCUCCAAUGUUCACCGCCCGCGCGCGCCUCCCGCUGUCACGGCCGGGGAGCGUCGCCAAACGCCGCUGCCUGCGGCUCGGCCACGCCUGGCUCCGGCCGGGACGCCCCGUCGUCCCGCCCUUUAGUUCCCAGGCCACCGCGGGCGGGGAAGGAAGUCGGACGCAGCGACAGCCGGACUGUCCGAGGGGCGCGGGGAGGGCGGGACUGCUCGCGCCAGCGGUGCGGCCGUGGCGCAACUCGGGGCAUUUGCAAAAAACCGCUUGCGCGGAACGUGGGGACGGACCCGCUCCGGGGCAGCAGGGCGGGGGUGAGCGGGCGAGAGGACGGACGGAGGCGUGCACGCCCACGGGAGCCCCUCCUGGGCGCCGCGGUCAGAAUCCGGCCCACGCGCUCUUCCGCGACUCUGCACUUUGCACCCACUCCCUUAGUUCGGCCCCGCCCCCGCUCCCACCCCUAGAGGCCAGAGGGCGGCUGAGGGCCGGACCGCCGAGACGGACAAGCGCGAAGGCGCAGGCGCGGGCGCGGGCGUGGCCACACUGCUUGCCCGCGCGCGCACGCGUGAGCGCUGGGCGCACGUGCGACCCCGCGGAGCCUGGGCCUGCUGAGUCUGGCCGCGCUCCGCGGACUCCCGCCAUGGGCGCUGCAGCAGGCUCGGGGACGGCGCGCUACCUCGUGUACUUCCAGUACUUGGGCACGGAAUUUAACGGGGUCGCGGCCGUCAGGGGCUCCCAGCGCGCCGUCGGGGUCCAGAACUACCUGGAGGCUGCUCCGUCCCCGCAGGAGGCUGCAAAGCGGCUGAAUUCGGUGGUGCCGGUCAAGUUCACUAUCUCCAGCCGCACAGAUGCCGGGGUCCACGCCCUGUGCAACGCGGCUCACCUGGACGUCCAGCGCCGCUCAGGCCAACCCCCCUUCUCCCCAGAGGUCCUGGCAGAGGCUCUCAACGCCCACCUGAGGCACCCGGCCAUACGGGUACUGCAAGCUUUCCGAGUACCCGGGGACUUCCAUGCCCGCCAUGCGGCCACAUCCCGGACCUACCUGUACCGUCUGGUCACUGGCUGCCACCGGCAUGACCACCUGUCCGUGUUUGAGCGGAACCGGUGCUGGGCACUGCAGGCAGACUGCUUGGAUGUGGACGCCAUGCAGGAGGCCGCCCAGCACCUCCUGGGGACGCAUGACUUCAGUGCCUUCCAGUCAGCGGGCAGCCCCGCCACAAGCUCGGUGCGCACGCUGCGUCGGGCCUCCGUGGCCCCUGACCCAGGCAGCCCCUUCAUCCUCCCCCAGGAGAACAGGUUGCAGUUCUGGAACCUGGAGUUUGAGGCCCAAUCCUUCCUGUACAAGCAGGUUCGGAGAAUGACAGCUGUGUUGGUGGCUGUGGGGCUGGGGACUUUGAUGCCUGCUCAGGUGAAGGUGAUCCUGGAAAGCCGGGACCCUCUGGGCAGGCACCAGGCACGUGUGGCCCCGGCCCAUGGCUUAUUCCUCAAGUCCGUGCUAUACAGGAGCCUUGGUGGGAAUCCAGCCUCUGUUCAGCAGGAAAGUGAGGAAGCCCCAGGUUGGCCAAAGAAUCCCCACCUGGAGACCGGAAGCCCAAAAGCAAGAGGCCUGGAGGCUUGCCGCAAGGAAGCCACAGAUAACCCGCAGAUUUCGCGGCUGAGGUCAGGACGGCCAGGACACACAGCCCUGCAGCCGGCCCUUGCCCCGCUCUGCAUGCCACAUGGGCCUCCGGCACCCCCACCUUCCUGGGCACCCCGGGCUGCUAUGGGUGAACUGCAGGCAAAAGGUUUGCGCAUCAAGAAGGGCACAGCCACGCAGCCACUGGUUCCGUUUUUACUGGAAAUGAACACCUCAGGAGUGUCCCUCCACCCGCUGGGGGCUCAGGAAUAGAAAUAAAGAAUAGAAAUCAA